AAUUUCCAGGGGGACUCCUGAGGCUUGAGCCCGCCUUUGCGUAUGCUGAGCCUCCUUCCUCAUGACCUUUGCCAUGGGCAGAGUUCCUCACACUGGCUCCCAGCAUCUGGCUAACUCUUAGCUCUGUCUUUCUGCCUCAUGUCCCCUCCUGCGCCCAGGCCCACAUUCCUGCCUGUUCAGAGGAUGGAUAUUUCCAUCUGGUCAUCUGUCUGGGACCUUGUUUGUCCAGCCACAUUCCUUAGGAACCAGUGCUUCCAUGCUCUACGUGGCUUAGGUGGGAAGCUCUGAUCAUCACUGAUUCCUUUUUUUCCCUCUCCCCCAGAUACCAAAUUCAUUCACCUUUUACAAUCUAAACAAGUGAACAAGCAGAGCCCUAUGUUUUUGUCUUGCCUUAGUAUUACUCAAUCUGGUUGUGAUGAUUCAUUUUCUGUUUCAAUUUGACUAGGCCACAGUACCUAGAUAUUGGGUCAAACGUGAAUAUAGACAUUACUCCGAAGAUGUUUUUUAAGACUAGAUGGGCAAUGAAGUCAGUAGACUGUGAGCAAAGCAGAUUAUCCUCUUGGAUGUGGGUGGGCCUUGUCCAAUCAGUUGAAGAUCUUAGGAGAGAAAAGACUGAGGUCCUCCAAGGAAGAAAGAAUUCAGCCUGCAACCCACCUUUGGACCCCAGCUGCAACAUUACUCUUCCUUGGCUCUCCAGCCUGCUUGCCCACCCUGCUGACUUUAGAGGUGCCAGCUCCACAAUCAUGUGAGUCAGUUCCUCAAAAUAAACCUUUCUCUUUCCACACACACACACAGCCUAUAGGUUCAGUUUUUCUGGAGAACCCUGACUAAUACACUGUCCUACCUCCUAACUCAGCUCCCUGUUCCUGCGUUCACUCACUCCCCUCCAACCCUCUCCAGUGAGGCUCACUGGCUUUUUGUAAUGUUAAUUUACUCACAAAAUUUGCUGAAUCCCCUAUUGCUUAUUGAUGGACAGCUGUGUUUCCCAAACAUCAGAUGUUUGUGUAUCUUCACUGAACUUGACAUAAGUUUUCAAUGUCCCAGCUAUACAGUUACUUGUUUUAGAUUUUCCUUUGCAUGGACCCUUCUCAGAAAUGCUUGCAUUUUGACCGGAAUGUGUGCAUUUUUAAGAUAAAAGUUCUUACAGGUAUAUUGUGGGUUUUGGUGAAUAGGAGAAGAGCACUUUUGUGGAAGGGUUUUGGGCUUUGCUAAUUCCUUGCAACUCCACAAGCUGGUUCUCUUGAAUUGAAGCUAAAUGUCUAUGAUGCGAAGUCCCAGCAAGAUGGAGACAUAUGACACAGAUUUCUACAGCGUCUUGGGUCAUUCAAAACAGAGGCGGCUCUUUCUUGCCUCUUCAUCUGUGGAUGGGAGUGGGGAUGGCGAAAGUUUGGUCCCCUCUCUGGGGUAGGGAUGGAGGUAGGGAGUAUGAGUAAUGAAAGAAGAGGAAGAAGGCAAGAGACCAUCCAAGUUUUCACAACUCACUCCCUGGUGUUUGAAAAUACCCUAUUUUAUUAUUUUCUAGAACUGAUUUCUGCAACAUCUAUUCCGAGGAAAACACUGGAAAGAAAUAAGUAGUUCCUUUGCAUCAGUUAACCCCUUUGUUAAUGUUAAAUCACUUAGUCACUUCUGUGGGGAAUUAAAGAGGUUGAUUCAUGGUGAUGUGACCCUCCUGUUACUUCUGCUUCCUUUUUCCCUCUUGUAUAUCAAGACUCAGAGCCCUUGGGAAGGGCCUUGCUGCACCCAGAGGAGAACCUGAGAGGAACCUGUUGCUUUCAGAGAGGAAGGUGUUCACUGGCUUUCCCAAGGCAAGAGCGAUGAAAACAAAAUGAUGAGGAACUCAUUCCACCUCUCGGCGCUGCUCGAGCUAUUUUGGCAGGCUCAGAGAACAGUGUGUUCCCAACCAAUUUAUGAAGUUUGCAAGAGUUUGAAAAAAAAGAAAGGACAAGAAACGCUCCAUUCUCCUCAUGUCCCCUCUAGGGGCUCCUGCGCGGCUGCAGAAUGCCAGCGCCCAGGGCCGGCUCGGCCGCUCUCCUUUGCCUUCCUUCCCGAGACUGUGGGCUAGAGGAGCCUUAGAACUGAGCUUCUCAGCCAGCCCAAGUCACCUCUGCGGUCCCCAGCGAGGUCAGGGGAGCAGGCCAGGCCACAGGUCUGCUGUCUCCCAGCCUCACGCUCUUUUUCUAUGCCUCCUCUGUCCUUUCUCCAGAUUGUCUCUAGAAUGAGACUCCCACCAAGCCCUGAAGUCAGUGAGAGGCUGACCAGUGUAGAUUAGGAUUCCGCAGGGGAUUAGCAGAAUGGGCUGGAGGAGAGAGAAAGUGCAUCAGCAGCAGGCCUGGUGGGCAGGCGCCAUUGGAGCUGGUCUCCCUUACUGGAGAUGUUGUGAUGUCAGGCCAGGCGAGUGCUCCCCACGCGGGGAAGGAGGGGAGAAACAGGACAACGCUGAGGUGCUCGUCCUCUGGAUCUUUCCCCAAAGAAGGCUGCAUUGGUUUCUCUGGCACUUGCAAAAGCAGAGAGCCUGUGCGUUUCUGUGUGUCAGCCCCAGAACAGCACUCGUGACGUGUAUGCAUCUUCAAUGCCCUUCCAUCCAGAAGGCUCCCAGGGUGGGCCACUUCAGAGGCCUUAAUGGUUUUUGUCAUGGCCGUUGAUUGGGCCUCAUAUCUGAAGCAAUGAUGCAUACUUUGCACCUCUUGAGUUAAUCUGGGCCCAAAAGAAUCACAGGACAACAGUGAAAUGUUCAUCUCCCUGACACCCCAACAAAGUGGAUAAACAGAGCUCUGGGGCUAGGGGCUGGGAGCUGGGAGCCCAUGCCCUCCAUGCCAGGGCUUUUGCUGCGACCCCUGACAUAUACCCCCUGGGAAAGACCAUCGAAUCCACUGAGAAUGUACCUUUGCGCUAGUGGUUGCUGGCGUGUGCAGGUUGAUGGAGGAGCCUGGCUGCUUCUGUUUCCCAUGGCAACGGUUCAGCUCUGCAUGGAAGCAGGAACACGGAGCAUGGGUGUCUGGACCUCAGGCAGCAACAUCUUCUUAAGCCUCUGGGGGACAUAUGUGUCUCCAAGAAGCCCUGGAUGGAUGGCCUUUGCCCAGCAGGUGGGCGUCUGCUGUUUUGUCGCUUUCAUUUCCGUGGGCCUCCUCUCUGGGGCCUUCUACUGGUUCCUGUCCUCACUCACCGUCUUCAUCACCUCCUGGAUGGCCACGUGCGUUCUGCUGUGCUGCUCCAAGCAUGCACGGUGUUUCAUUCUGCUGUUCUUCCUCUCAUGCGGCCUGCGUGAAGGCAGGAACGCUUUGAUUGCUGCGGGCACAGGGGUGGUCAUCUUUGGACACGUGGAAAAUAUCUUUCACAACUUUAAAGGGCUCCUGGACAGUAUGACCUGCAACCUGAGGGCAAAGAGCUUUGCCAUCCAUUUCCCACUUUUGAAAAAAUAUAUCGAAGCAAUUCGGUGGGUGUACGGCCUUGUCACUCACCUGAGUCUAUUUGAUGAUCUUGUGUCCUGGAACCAGACCCUGGAGGUCUCUCUUUUCAGUCCCAGCCAAGCCCUGGAGGCUCAGCUCAACGACACUACGGACAAAGCCCUGGGUGUCUUGUACCAGAUGGUGACGGCAACGGAGGUGCUGUGCUCCCUGGGGCGGCAGCUCCUUGCCCUUACAGGGCUGCUGCUGGUGCUGCUUGGCACUGGCCUCUUCAUGAAGCGAUUCUUGGACCCUUGUGGCUGGAAGUUUGAGAACAUCUACCUCACCAGGCACUUUGUUCAGCUGGACGAAAGGGAGAGGCAUGAACAGAGGCCCUGUGUCCUCCCGCUGAAUAAGCAGGAAAGGAAGAAGUAUGUCAUCAUCCCGUCUUUCUGGCUGACUCCUAAAGACAGGAGGAACCUGGGCCUGUUUUUCCUCCCGGUUCUUACCCACCUCUAUAUCUGGCUGCUGUUUGCAGCCAUAGAUUAUCUGCUGUACUCGCUCAUUUUCUCCAUGAGCAAACACUUCCAAAGCCUGCCAGGGCUCGAGGUGCGCUUGAAACUGCACAGACAGGAACAAGGGACUCAAGAUAUCAUCCAUGCUUCUUCCUUUAAUAUAUCUCUGUUUGAACCGACCUGCAUCCCUAAACCGAAGCUCCUUCUAUCUAAGACCUGGAUUCCUCUCAGCAUCAUUCUUGUGAUACUAGUGACUCUAGGACUGCUGUCCUCCGUCCUGAUGCAACUUAAAAUCCUGGUGUCAGCGUCCUUCUACCCAAGCGUGCAGAGGGAGCGCAUGCAAUACCUCCACGCGAAGAUACUGAAGAAAAGAUCAAAGCGGCCAGUGGGAGAAGUAAAGGGGAAACUGAGCCUGUACUUUACAAAGAUUCAUUUCUGGCUUCCAGUCUUGAAAAUGAUUGGGAAGAAACAAAUGGACAUUGCCAAUGAAGACAACCCAGAAGAGACCCCACACAGCUCUUCGUCUACCCUGUGCCAGCAGUCCUUCUCAAGUCUACAGAUGGCAGCCCUUCCUCAUCCCCAGCAAGAGAGAACUGCACAGCAGGAUCCUUCAGCAGCUUAAGUUUGCAGGGUCAAGCUACUUUUUCCAUAAAGGGCUCCCAGGAAGGCAAGGAGUGGUGAAAGGCCCCAAGCGAGGAACAGGACGAGCUGCUGGACCAAGGACAAGCCCAUCCACACUGGCAACAUGUGGCAGGUGUGUGGUAGACAGUUCUCCUUGCAGAUGUAAAAAUCCACCUUGGAAAAGAAAAGAUCAUGUGAUCCUGAACCACCAUUAGUGGGCCUCCUCUGAGUGUUUCUUAAUAUAGGUGACAGCUGAGAAAGAGACUGAGGUCGAGACACGUGCUACGAGGGGACUGAGAUGGAUUCUAAGAACAGAUUGGCUAGAUCCAUCUUCAUUAAAGUGAUGAAACCAGGUCGGGAGCCUUAAGACACAAAUGGGCCAGUCUAAUAAAAAUGACACAAUAAAAUGAAAUUAAAUGUGCACUGUGAGUGGAUAAGAAUCCGCCUGCCAGUGCAGGGGACAUGGGCUCAAUCCCUGGUCCAGGAAGAUUCCACAUGCUGGGGUGGGUGUGGGGAGGGAACUAAGCCCCUGAGCCUCAACUCUUGAAGCCCACACACCUAGAACCCAUGCUCCACAAUGAGAGGAGCCAAUGCAACGAGAAGCUGGAGCACCGCAACGAGAAGCUGGAGCACUGCAACUAGAAGCUGGAGCACCGCAACUAGAGAAGGCCUGCACACAGCAACAAAGACCCAGCAUGGCUAAAAAUAGGUAGAAGUGGUCUUACAUUAAAAAAAUAUAUACAUAAAUUUUUUAAAAAAUGGACCUUCUCAGGUACAAAAGGGAAAAACAUUACAUGCACUGUGACUUUUGUACCUCCUUUUUCUUGGAAUGGUGUUCAGAUUUUCAUCAGUGCCAAGGGUGAGGUCGCUGCGGUCUGCCCAUGGCAAUGACCAGCAGGAGGAAGAGUCUGCCGAUGUAGGUGAGAGUUUGAGAGCCAUAUGUUACUUCAGGAACCAAAUGCUUUUCCUGGAGACUCUUUCCAGGGCUUUACAAUACACAUGGAGAAAAAAAGUUUUGAAAGGAAUCAAUGAACAUGGCUGGCUGACAAGGGAACUUGUUUCUUGGCAAAGACGUUGUCGAGAAAAUUUUUAUUUCUAGUGGGAAAAAAGAAAUCAUGCCAUAAUGUGUUUAAAUGCAGUUUUUAAAGUUAAUGUUCUGAGAAGACAAUGUUCCCUUAAUGUAAGACAUUCUAUAUCAGGACAGGAUGUAAACACACCGGGAACUGCCAGGGUUAGACAUCUGAAAAGGAUACAGCAAUGCUUGGUAAUGAGAGGCAGGCGAGCGUGGCAUCAUGAAGGAGCAAGUUGCCAUGGAGACAAGCCACUGAGUGGAACGUGGCCAUCUCGAGCACACACACCAUGUGAAGGGAAGGGAAGGAGACAUGCUAGAUGGUCAGGAGUUCUCAGGAGGGAUCACAGGGUGGUUCCACAUGAACUAUGUGGCACUAGAAGGAGAGCCAGACGCUGCCUGAAGCCACCAGAGAGGGGAAUAAAAUUCAUGGUUUUUUGGGUGUUUUGAACUUGACUUUACUCAUUUGUCUUUCAUUCGUUGGUUCAUUCCAACAGACAUUGAUCAAGUCUAAAGGCCAGGCACUAUGCGGGGUGGGUGAGGCUACAGGGAGGAAGCAGUGGUUCCAGGUCACAAGGAGCCUGCAGUCUCUGGAUGAGCAAGACCUAAACACUGUCCUCAUGUCCUGUUCCUGGGAAUCCAGCCUUUCUGUGCCUGGCGGCUGUGGUCCUAACCCAGGGUGUCUGCCAAGCUUCCUUCCAGAUCCAGUAGCAUCCUUGCCACCCCGCCUAGGAUUCCAGCUCCUUCUGAACUGAUCUUCUUGGCUUCCAACUCCAUCCUUACAUCAGACCUUUGUACUUCCUGGCAGCCUUUUGGGCUCAGAUAUCCACGAGCUUGUCCUAACCUCUUCCCUCCCAUGGCCUCCUGUUGAGCUUUCUCAGAACUUGCCUGCAGUGUCCAACUCAUUUCAUUGUCCUGAUUCUCCCAGCUCAGUACAUCUUCUCCAUGAGUUCUUGAAUGCCGUCCUAGCCUCCACUUGCCAUGCCUCUUUUGGGAUCUGGCUUUUGCAUGUGGCACUCAAUAGGGAUGGUACAAUGACUCAUAGUAAAUGCUCACAUUAUAAGCUCUUCCCUAACCCCAAUUGUUCUGCAUAUCAGUGAACUAUACCUCCAGCUUCCUCCAGUGGGACCCAGCAACACCUCCUCCUUCUCUGUGCCCUGUUAAACUUGUUCAGUUCUCAGUUAUUUUCUCCUUUUCUUAGCACCCUCCCCUCAAAAGUGCCCUUCUGUUAUGACAGUGAUCUCACCAGUUUAUUUUUAAGUCUCCUAUGGCCUUUACAAUCUCUCUCAUUCUGAGUCUUUUUUUUUUUUUUUUACUCAGAUGGUAAAGAAUACACCUGUAAUGCCGGAUACUGGGUUCAAUCCCUGGUUGGGAAGAUCCUCUGGAGAAGGAAAAGGCAACCAACUCCAGUAUUCUUGCCUAGAGAAUCCCUAUGGACAGAGGAGCCUGGCCAGAUACAAGUCCAUGGGGUCACAAAGAAUCAGACAUGACUGAGGGACUAACACUUUCACUUUUCAACUUCUAGAAUAACUGACGUUUUGUCCUGAAAUUGAGUUAAUAAUCAUAUUAUCCUCAUUACAUUCAUACUGUUUAAUUGUCCACAAGCUUCACUCAGCUCAACACAAUAAAGUAAGCAGGGCAGAUAUUGCCAUUUCCAUUUAUGGAUCAAGAAAUUGAGAUUCAAAGAGACUUGCCCCAGACCGCACACUGUGAUGAAAGCUGUCCUUUCACCCCAAAUCCUGGGCUCCUUGUCCAUGUCAGGUGCCCUCUGGUGCAUGAGGCACAACUUUUGGGGCUCUGAAUCUUUGCCUUCACCACCCCCACUCCCCACAAAUUAUUCUAAGAAUCUUUCCUUCUUAGUGUUAAACCAUUGUCCUCCAACGAAUUUCAAUAAAGAGAAAUACCUUCAAUUUUUCCUCUUUAAUUAGAUCCAUGACAUAAAGGUAGAUUCUAGGAUUCAGAAACUUUCAUUUUUCUUUUGUUGCCUAUAAGAAGGUGGAGGAGGAGGAGAAAAGGGAGGAGGAGAAGAAAAAAAUAAAAAAACACAGGAAGAAAAUCCUUUUUUUUUGACAACUCCUUCAAAAUCCCAACACUACUGGCAUAGUAUCCACUCCUAAGAAUCUUAGUAGCUUUUUGACUCCUUUCCCUACAACAGUUGCAUUAUAAGCUCCCUGAGGGCUGUGUCUACAUCUUCUUAAUGCACUGUAAACCUCUCUCCCUCUCAGCAGACCUACACCCAGUAAAUAUUGAUUGGAGGGGGUGCAGCGUGUUCUUUUAGAAAAGAGAAAGCAAGCGGUCUUGUUACUAAAAUUCCCCAGACGAGAGAAUGCUUUAUGGCGAGUUGACGGCGAGCUGGCCAUAAGGUGUAAAGCAACUCAGAGAAUUGUAAACCACUUAAGAAAAGAACACAGGCCCUGAGAGAAGGGGGAGUGGAGAAUAAAUAAUUCCCAAAUGUCUGUCUGCAAAGCUGUGAGUGGAGCCUGGACAGCUCCCAGGGUGCUGAUGGGAGGAAAUGCCCCUGGAGGGGGUGAGGUGGGCACUCACUCAGCCCUGUGGGGGCUGUACCUGGUCAAGAUGGAGACUUGACCAUCAGAGUCUCACUAGGUGAGAAUGGGAUGGGCAUAAACACGAGGUAUGGGGGAGUUCCAAUGGUGGUCUAGACACCUAACAGUGAUGCUGAAAACUCUUUGUCUGUGAACCUGUACCUAAUCAAAUCUUAGAAAGUAAUAGCGUUAUUGUUGGCCAGGGAAAGGGGAACACAACGGUCUCAUGCCUCAAAAACUGUGUGUCCCGACUCAGGAGGAUGUGGUGCGGAGUUUUAUAGCAAUGGUUCAAGGGUGGAGUUGCUAAUAAGGGUCAGGGUGUGUGCAGGGCCCACACUCCUUUAAUCUGGCUCGGGUGGUCUCCUCCCUUGUCUCUGCAUCCCCCCCUUCCCUGAUGAGCAACAGUUCCAAUCUGCCCUUUGCAACUCAAGAAAGGUCAUGGGGGCUGGAAUCUAUUCCCUAUAAACAAGAAACAGGGAGCACAGAAAGGCUUCUAUAGGCCCAGGAGCCCUAGAGGGUCCUGCAUGGUUUCAAUAAGGGCUUAAAAAAAUAUUACAUUAAUGGUCAAUCGAGCAUGUUUAUAGAAAUCAUUAAAGAAAAUGCCGAAGAUUCCAUGUUCUUGUGGAGACUACAUCCUAUUCUAAGAUGAAGAGCAAUGCUUGAAAAAGCCCUGUUAAUGCUUCCUAACUCCAACAGCUUGUUAUGGAGACCUCCGUUGGCUCAUAGAGCCACAAUGGCCUGUCCCCAGUGAACCUCCAUGGCGGAUGGCCCUGGAUGAGCUGACCUCUGAUCUUGCCAUACUGUUCCUUUUCCUAGAACAUACUUCUUUUUCUCCUCUGCCAAGUAUGACUGUCUUUAUCAACAGGAUUUAAAAUCCUUUUCUUUCAGCGAAUCUUUCCAGACUCAGACAUUUUCCUUUAAAUUGUCUCAGCCACAGUACUUUAAUUUUUGUUCACCAAGCCCAUUGUGAAGGUCUGCCUUGAGUAAAACAUUGUACUGGUGUUGUUUGGGGCACAAGCUGUUAAGAAACCGUCCCUGCCCUUGAGGAACUUACAAUUACAAAGCAGUUGCAAAUACUUUGAACAGUAAAUAUAACAUAGCUAUUUUAUCAUGCUAGAUUAUUGUAUAGACUAAAGUAAAAAGUGGGCAAAUAUAUUUCACAACUGGUCAUUUUUAAUUUUAUAAACUUCCCUAAUAUCCUACGGAUAGCUCCUGAGAUAAAUGCCUUCCUGACCCCUGAACACAAAUAAUGGUUUGCUCUUCUGUUCAUCUUCAUUUGUGAAUUAUUUCUCUUUUCUGCCUCCAUCAUCAUCAUCUUCUUUGUCUUCUUUUCCUGAGAUGAAUUCAUUGAGCACUUCUUUGUGCUACUCACUGUACAUUUGAGGGAUGGUAGCACCCAAAACUGAGGGACUUGGGGGGACUUCCCUGGUGGUCCAGUAGCUAGGACUCUGAGUUCCCAAUGCAGGGGGCCCAGCUUGGAUCCCUGGUCAGUGAACUAGACCCACAUGCUACAACUGAGGAUCCCACAUGCUGCAACUAAGACAGGCUCAGCCAAAUAAAUAAAUAUUAAACAACAACAAACAAAAACUGAGGGGUUUGGUUUGUGUUCUAUAAGCAGUAGGCAUUUAAUAGUAAAUGAUAGACCCACUGCCUUUUUCUUUCUUUUAACAUGUCUACAGAUACUGUCCAAAAAGAAGGAGAGGGAGAAACUGGGCUUGAUACAAAGAAAUCUAAUUAAUCUAUUUAUGCUUUAGGGGGGUUCAACAGCAGGUAAAUGAGAAACAAGGCAAAUAAAAGAGUAAAAACAGGUGGGGGGAGGGGCAAAGAGGACAGAAGUCACCUUCCAUAUCAUCUCAAUUAGUCCCUUCAAAAGCGCCCCAAGUGAGGAAGUAUUAACUGUUCCCUCUUUACCAAUGGGGAAACAGACUCAGGAAGGUCAAGUAUCUAGAUCGUCUGGUUCAAAUCCAGCUCUGUGACUUUAAAGCCUGUGACAGGCCCACAACCUCUCCCCCACAGGAUACUGCCUCCCCUACGGUGGACAGGCAGAGGGGAAGAGAAAAUGAGAAGCAGGUCCCAGGUGGAGCCGCAGAUGCCGGCCCUGGGAUCUGCUGGACCUGCAGGUGUCAUUGAGAGCCAGGCUCUGCUCAUCCUCCAUGUUUCCUCUUGUAGCUCUGCUGAUUUCUCAGCUGGUCCAGGCCUUAGGGCCUGCAUGCCCACUGACCUCAGAGUUCUCUCCAGGCCCGUGCUAUUCCCUCACCCUGUACCCAUUCACUCUGCCCUUCCAGUCUUGGCUUCCAUGCUCCUCCAGCUGUCAAAGGAUCUGGCACUCCUGAGCCUGGUGAGCUUCCCCAAAGAAAGGAACAGUCGAGACUUUGGCAGUCUCUGGGCAGUGUGCUGUUUAUUAAUUCAUCAUAUUCCUAUUAGCAGUGGUCCUAGCUAGCCUGUGCUGACCGCACAGUAUGGGCUUUGUGAUCCUCACAGCAUCCAUGUGCAUUAGGAAGAUGCUAUUAUUUCCACCUUAUAAAUGAAGGAACUGACGCUUAGUAAGAUCAAUUAAACUGCAUGAUGAAAAGGAGCUCAACCUCAUUAGCACUCAAGAAAAUGCAAAUUAAAUCUCCAAUAAGAUAACUUUGACAGGAUAAGAUAACUUUGUCGAUUGGCAAAGCUAGUAAGUUGGGAAAUAUCUAAAGUUGGUGAGAAUCUGGAGGAACAGAAACCCUUAGCCUGUUAUGGAGGGCAUAAGUUUCCACGAUGAAGAAGAGUUUGCCAGUAUCUAACUAACAGUCUUGCUCAAGGCAUUCACCUUAGAGAAACGUCCAGUGAACACAAGGAAAUCGGUACAAAAAUGCUUAGAGCUUGAUAUUUGGCAAAUCUAAUACAGUUAUGUAAAGUUUAAAAAUAAAAUAAAAUUAAAAAAAAAAAAUGCUUAGAGCAGUGUUGUUUGUAGUAGCAAGAUAAUGGAAACAGCCUAAAUGUCUAUCAAUAGGAAUGUGGAUGAGUAGACUGUGGGGUGCAGUUAUACUAGGAAAUACUGGAUAGCGAUAAAAUGGAUAAUAGCUAGCGCUAGACCUAUCAGAACAAAUAACUUCCAAAUAUGUGAACCAAACAGUACAUACUAAAAAAAAAAAAAAAAGCCUAGAAAAGACCUAUACAUCCUAUAUAAUGUUUUUUUUUUAAAUUUUGGCUGAGCAACAUGUGUGAUCUUAUUCCCCAAUUAGGAAUUGAACUCAUACCCCCUGCAUUGGCAGCACAGAGUCUUCACCACUGGACCACCAGGGAAGUCCCUAUAAUGCUUUUAUGAAAUUUAACUACAUACAAAACAAUGCUUAGAGAUACGUACAUAUAUAGCAAAGAUAUAAAAGUUGUACAUGGGACUAAAACACCAGAUUCAGGACAUUGGUUACCUUCAGGGAGGAAGGGGAAAUGAAUAGAGAGGUACACGGGCCUCUUCAGCUGUAAACUUUUCUUUUUUAAACAGAUAAUAGGUAAAUAAAUGUGAUUAUGUCAAUUUUUUUUUAUUUUGUAUGUUUUGAUAAAUUCAUGUUGUAUUUUAAUUUUAAAAACCACUUAAGUCCUCAAACUAGGAAACAGAAGUUUAGAUCCCAUACUUUUGCAUCCCAGUAUAUCAUGCUGUUUAUCAGAGGAAGUAGUGAAUAUUGAAAAAAAAAAAAAAAAGCUACUAAUUCCGUCUAGUCUUUGGACAAGACUUGAGAAUGUAACUGUUUAGUGAGUAAGGGACCCUUAUUUUGUGUACCAGAAGCAAUCCUGAAAAACAUGGCAUUGUUUUUCCAUCGCCUUAUGUCAUUAUUUAGAACUAUAAACAUUAUCAUGACAAAAUCUAAUAAGAGCAUCAAAGGGAUCCUGACAUUCAUUUCAAAUUAUUUUGUUGAUGCAGAUCCUAUGGUUAUUUCAUUCUCCUAAAGAAAUCCAUCAAAUACUAGCAAUGAAUCAGUAUUCUUCAUUUAAAGCCCUCCCUGGUCCCUCAGGUGGUAAAGAACCUGCCUGCCAUUGCAGGAGAUGCAAGAGACUCAGGUUCCAUUCCUGGGUUGGGAAGAUCCUCUGGAGGAGGAAACAAAACCCACUCCAGUAUUCUUGCCUGGAAAUUGCAUGGACAGAGGAGCUUGGAGGGCUACAGUCCAUGGGGUUGCCAAGAGUCAGACAUGACAGCGACUGAAUCAAUCACCACCACCACACUAAAAUACUCCAUAAAAUUUAUCCUUAUUUUGUUGAAAGUUCACACUAACUUUAUCAGUAUCAAUCUAGGAACUUAGCAGGAACUCCUUCAUGUCCUCCAAUAAUGAUCCAUCAAAUGCCCAACGGUUGACACUCUGGUAGAUGCUGGGGAAGUAACAGUGGACCAGACGGUCCUUCCCUGAACAAGUGUUCAGUUUCCUGGAGGAGGCUGACAGGUAAAACAGGUAGCUAUGGUAUUAUGGGAUCAGGUACAGGGUGGCCCUGAUAUGGAGGGUCAGAAAGUGGACCUAACCCUACCAUGUUGGGUCUGGGGAAGUCUCUGAGUGAGGGUGAUAUUUAAGCUGAAUUCUAAAAGAUGAGUGAAAAUUGGCUUCUAGAUGAGAAAAUAACAAUACUUUCUUUUCAGAGAAUUUGAUCAUCGUAUUGUCCAGUUUUUUAUUGUCAUCCAACAUGGAGAAGAAAAGUGGUAAGAUAUUUUAAGGUAUCUUUCACCCGAGGAAAAAAAACCCUGUGAUUCUUCUGUAGAUGUAUUGUUGUUGUUGUUCAGUCACUAAGUAGUGUCUGACUAUUUGCAACCCCAUGGAUUGCAGCACACCAGCCUCCUCUGUCCUCCAC